CUUCCGAGCGGGGCGGAGAAGCAGAGAAGGCGCCGCGCCAGCCCCUCCCCCGCCGCCGACCCGCCCCGGCGGCCUCCGUUCUGCUCACUGCGCCCGCCCCGCGGCCAUGCUGGGGCCUCGCCGGCGCUGAGGAGCGUCGCCUGCUCGCAGUGCUUCGCGGCCUCCUGGGCCUGUCGCCCGCCUUUCCGCACCCUUCGCGCCCGGCCGCCGUCUCUUCCUCCGCUGGGCCCCGGGCCUCUGCGCAGACAACAUGGAGGCCGUGAAGACCUUCAACAGCGAGUUGUAUUCACUGAAUGACUAUAAGCCACCCAUUUCUAAAGCAAAAAUGACCCAGAUUACAAAGGCAGCCAUCAAAGCUAUUAAGUUUUAUAAACAUGUGGUACAAAGUGUUGAGAAAUUCAUUCAGAAAUGUAAACCAGAAUACAAGGUACCUGGACUGUAUGUUAUUGACUCCAUUGUGCGACAAUCCCGGCAUCAGUUUGGUCAAGAAAAGGAUGUGUUUGCACCCAGAUUUAGUAAUAACAUCAUUAGCACUUUUCAGAAUUUAUAUCGUUGCCCUGGGGAUGACAAGAGUAAAAUAGUGAGAGUAUUAAACUUAUGGCAGAAGAAUAAUGUUUUUAAGAGUGAGAUUAUCCAGCCUCUUCUGGAUAUGGCGGCAGGGAUUCCUCCCCCAGUUGUCACGCCUGUUUUGGCCAGCACCACUGCAGCUAUGAGCAACACUCCAGGAACACCUGUGACACCUGUUACUCCAGCCAAUGUGGUCCAAGGCUUACCUGAUCCAUGGGUAUCUCAGAUAACAAACACAGACACACUGGCAGCUGUUGCUCAGAUCCUACAAAGUCCUCAAGGUCAACAGCUUCAGCAGCUAAUACAAACCUUACAGAUACAGCAGCAGAAGCCUCAGCCUUCUAUCCUGCAGGCCUUGGAUGCUGGUCUUGUGGUUCAGUUACAGGCACUCACUGCACAGCUCACAGCUGCAGCUGCUGCAGCCAACACACUUACGCCCUUGGAUCAGGGAGUCUCUUUCAACAAGAAGUUGAUGGAUAGAUUUGAUUUUGGGGAAGAUUCUGAGCAUAGUGAAGAAUCCAAAAAGGAAAUGCCUACUCCUCAACUCUCUCACGUUUCGGAGUCUGUGAACAACUCCAUCUUCCAUCAGAUAGCAGAACAGCUGCAGCAGCAGAACCUGGAGCAGUUGCGACAGCAGCUCCUGGAGCAGCAGCAGCCUCAGAAGCAGGUAACUCCUCAAGAUAGCCAGGAAGGGACAUUUGGGUCUGAGCACUCAGCUUCUCCCUCACAAGGGAGUAGCCAGCAGCAUUUUCUGGAACCUGAAGCAAAUUUAGAUGAUUCCAUAGACAUUCAGCAACAGGAUAUGGAUAUUGAUGAAGGGCAAGAUGUUGUUGAAGAGGAGACCUUUGAACCAGAAGCUAAGAAAGUGGCUGUUCGCUCAAGAUCAAGAACUCAUUCACGAUCUCGAUCAAGGUCACCAAGAAAACGAAGGUCCAGGUCACGCUCUGGGUCCCGAAAGCGAAAGCACAGGAAGCGGUCUCGGUCCCACUCAAGAGAGAAAAAGAGAAAAGCCUCACGCUCCUACUCCAGUGAGCGCAGAGCCAGGGAAAGGGAGAAAGAGCGCCAAAAAAAGGGCUUGCCUCCUGUCAGGUCGAAAACACUAAGUGUAUGCAGCACUACUCUCUGGGUUGGCCAAGUGGACAAGAAGGCUACACAGCAAGAUUUAACCAACCUUUUUGAGGAGUUUGGACAAAUUGAAUCCAUUAAUAUGAUUCCACCCAGGGGCUGUGCAUAUGUCUGCAUGGUUCAUCGACAAGAUUCAUUUCGGGCUCUUCAGAAACUGAGUUCAGGAUCCUAUAAAAUUGGUUCCAAGGUCAUUAAGAUUGCCUGGGCUUUGAACAAAGGUGUAAAGACAGAAUACAAACAGUUCUGGGAUGUGGAUCUUGGUGUCACAUAUAUACCCUGGGAAAAAGUGAAAGUAGAUGACUUGGAUGGCUUUGCAGAGGGAGGCAUGAUUGAUCAGGAAACUGUAAAUGCUGAAUGGGAAACUGUGAAAGCCUCAGAACCUGUUAAAGAGCCGGUGCAGACUGCACAGAGUCCAGCUCCAGUUGAGAAGGAGUCAGUGGUCACCACACAGGCAGAGGUUUUCCCUCCUCCUGUCGCCAUGCUGCAGAUUCCUGUAGCACCAGCUGUUCCUGCAGUUAGCUUAGUUCCUCCAGCGUUUCCUGUGUCGAUGCCUGUCCCCCCUCCUGGAUUCAACCCAAUCCCUCCACCUCCUUUUCUGCGAGCAAGUUUUAACCCUUCACAACCACCUCCUGGUUUUAUGCCACCUCCAGUUCCCCCACCUGUGGUACCUCCCCCUGCAAUCCCACCCGUAGUACCAACAUCUUUAGUGCAACCACCAUUGUCCAUGACCCCUGAAGCUGUGAAAGAUGUUGGAUUUGGCAGCCUGGUUUUACCAAGUGGUUCUGUUGCUGGCAGUCUUGCUCCUUCAACUCUACCAGCUGGAAAUGUUUUUAAUCCUCCCAGUAAAGCAGAGCCUGAAGAAAAAGUACCUCACCUUAUAGAGCACCAGAUUCCUUCUGGUGAGAACACCAGACCAGUGAUUCCAAGUGAUAUUCCAAGUAGUGCUGCAAUGUUAGCACAGCCGCCUGGGGCCUCAAGCACCUCUGGGAUCCUGUGCAUGCAGAGACCAAAUGUAUCAAGUAAUUCUGAAAUUCUGGGGGUUCGCCCAGCUAAUGUUUCUAACAGUGCUGCGAUUAUGGGAGCCCAGCCACCAAAUAUUCUAAAUAACUCUGGAAUUUUGGCCAUACAGCCACCAAAUGUGUCCAGUGGCUCUGGACUUCUUGGGGUACUGCCUCCAAACUUGCCUAACAACUCUGGACUUGUAGGACUACAGCCACCAAAUGUUACAAGUCCUGCUGGACUUUUGGGAACACAGCCACCAAUUGGACCUCAAAACUUACCACCUUUAACCAUCCCUGCUCAAAGGAUGCCUGCGUUGCCAAUGUUAGACAUUCGUCCUGGACUGAUAGCACAGGCUCCCGGGCCAAGAUUCCCUUUACUACAGCCUGGAAUGCCACCACAACGGGGUAUCCCUCCCCCAUCGGUACUUGAUGCAGCUCUUCAUCCUCCACCCCGCGGACCUUUUCCUCCAGGAGAUCUUUUCAGUCAGCCAGAAAGACCUUUUCUGGCUCCUGGAAGACCGAGUAUAGACAAUGUUCCCAACCCAGAUAAAAGAAUACCACUUGGGAAUGACAAUAUUCAACAGGAAGGGGAUAGAGAUUACCGCUUUCCUCCUAUAGAAACCAGGGAGGGCAUUACCAGACCUCCUCAGGUGGAUGUUAGGGAUGUGGUUGGGCGACGUAUAGAUCCCAGAGAAGGCCCUGGAAGGCCUCCAUUAGAUGCUAGGGAUCAUUUUGGAAGACCUCCUGUGGACAUGAGGGAGAAUCUUGUGAGACCAAGUCUAGACCACCUUGGUCGAAGAGACCACUUUGGCUUUCCCCCAGAGAAGCCUUGGGGGCCUAGAGAUUUUGAUGAGAGAGAGCAUCGAGUUCUGCCUGUCUUUGGUGGUCCAAAAGGCUUACAUGAAGAAAGAGGGGCCACUUCUCAACGGAAAGGUGAUAAUGUGCCUCAAGUUAAUGGUGAAAACACAGAGAGACAUGCUCAGCCACCGCCUUUACCAGUGCAGAAGGACCCUGAACUCUAUGAGAAACUGGCGUCUUCAGGUGACAUAGACAAGGAGGAGAGCGGCACAGCUGCUGGUGUAGAGAGUGAAGCGGUGGUAGAAAGCACAGAGACUGAGGGGACAUAACAUCACUCAGUAGGUAAAAGAAACCUUUUGUACAGUUGUCAUCUCUGUAAGAGGUUAAUGGCUGACUGCACCACACUUGUUCAUGUUUAUCUACCAGAACUAAGUUAAUCUGAUGUUCAUGUUCACCUUUCUCUUAAAAUAAUUGUACAACUGACUUGUAUAGACAUUGUUCUUAAUAUGAACAUGGUAGGUAAACACUUUUUUUUCUGAUAAAGUAUAAAUGUUGCCCCAGAUUCUUUUAACGUCAAGGAGAUGCUAACGGCUUGUCGGAGACUUCCUAUGGAAGAGAAGGUUUUAGACACUGUCAUUGGGUUGGGUAUGGCAGUGACAUAUUUCAGAACAGCAAGGUGUGGCACAUCUUCUCCAUAACUCUAGGCUGCUGCAGGAUUUUAAGGAGACAGACAAAGCUAUGACAUUUUAUGCAAGGACUGGCUCUAGAUUCUUGAGGAGCAUAAUACAGAGAUUUUAAAAAGUGAUUUUGUAAAAAUCUCCACAAUGGUCUCUGUUACUCCAAAGUAAGUGUGUGUGAUUUGUUCCUCAUACUGCAAUAAGUAAAAAGAAAAAAAGCAAACAACAUAAACAUUCAAAGACGUUUCAAUGUUGGGUGAAUUUUGUUUUUAGAUGCCAAUAAAACUUACUUGUUUGAUAACAGUGUUCUAGGAAUUGUAUUUUUUUAACCUACAAAUUCUUAAAACUGAACUGUUAGUAGUAUGUACUUAGCUGUUGAAGUUUCUCAUUACCCUUUAACAACAAUGAAUAGUUGUGUGCUGAGAAAAGCCUGUAUUUGAUAUAAAAACCAUGCAGUCUGAACAAUAUGUAUGCAGUAUCUAUGUAUAUUUAUUGUGUAAGCCAUGUAGUUUUUCUUUCUCUGUAUGUCUGUCUCUGCUCAUACAGAGAAAAAGAAUGUUUUUAAAAGUUUAAUAUUCUUUAAAGCUUGAUAGAAAAUUGGGAACACUGGGUAAAUUAACAUUCCUCAUGUUUAUAGCAUUUUUUUAAUCUUGAUAAGUGUGAAGUAAGAAAUUAGAAGUAUAUUGGCUGAGAGACAGUUUUUUGGUGCUUUAAUAUGGCUAAACGCAGAGCCAGAUGCAGCACAUAGUCAGAUUUCACAUUAAGUGAUGACAAUUUCUCACACUAUCUGCUGUUCUUGUAGAUGAGACUGUCAUUAAGGAGCUUAGUUCACGUGCAUGCCAUCAGUUUCUUAAUUGCACAGAAUGUAUAUUGGCAUUGAUGGCAUAAGCCAGGAAUAAAGCUUCCAUCAUGUGUUUUGUAGUCUCUGAGUAACACUGUUUAGACAAGGCUCUAAGGUAAAGGAGGAGAAAUGUUUGGGGUUGGCUUCCUAUUUGCUUUUGCUCUUAAGUUUCAUUUCUUUGCUGUUUUCUUUUGCAUUUUCCACAUUCUGCAUAUACAUGAUAAAAGGCCAUCAGUAGUUUCUAGUUUCCAGUGGAGGUUUCCCAUGAUUCUGUGAGCACUCAGUUCCUUUCCUUUGCGUUUUCAGCCGUGCAUCCUUUGCUCUGUCUAGAAUCUCUAAGCUGUGACAGAGUACAUGAGGCAUUUAAAGUAAGACUUGUUUGUGUGCUCCUCCGGUGAUGCUCUCGACAGCUAUGAGAUUUGUCGCCAAAAGAAAGAGUCUUCUCACACAGCCUGAAUCUGUGAAUUCAGACAGUAGGGCAUAAUCUAUUUGGUUGAUUGGGUAAGGCAAGUAAAGAGAAGAAGUGCUUGAAUAUUUACUUCCAAAACAACUCAGUUAAUAGUUUGAUUUGAUGCCCGGUCUUUCCCUUAGGAUAAAAAGUCAAAAUUGCAACCUUGGGGCAAAGUAAAUAUUCAGGGAAGACUGGCUUUGACCUUUAGGAAAUGGUAGUGAAUACAGUUCCUCACAAGUACUUUAGUUCCAUUUUUCUCUGAUCAGAAUUAAUGGACAUUUCAUCAAGUUAAGUAGCAAUAUAAACAAGCUUACUUGUUAGUGAUCUGUUUUUAAUUCUAAGCUUUUGGCCUUCCCGUGAGUACUUGAGAAGGGUUGCACUUGCACUGGUUUGAAAGUUCUAGAAAGUGCAAGUUAACCCAGCAGUUUGGCAGAACCGUGUCACCUUGUGCAUGUUUGGGGACACUUUUCCUUUCAGACAAAAGCGAUUACUCUUUGCUUGCCCCCCUUGCCCUUGUUUGUCAUUAUAACAGUAAGGAAGGACUUGCUCAGCCUCAGUCAUAACCAUUCCAGAUGAGUCUGGCUUCGGAUCUGCCGCAGUCCUAGGCCUGCUGCCAACUGGAAACACAUGUGAGGAGUGGCCCAGCCACUCAGUGCACUGCUUUGUGGUUUUUUUAGGCAGUACUGUAUGGGACAGUGAAUCACACAGUGGGGAUCAUCAAGCCCUGGGCCAGUUUUAUGCUGGGCGUUCUCCCACUGAGCUACACCCAACAGCCCUAUGUGGUUUCAGUGUGUGCCACGGCAGAGUGAUGCCACACUCUGCAGUGUAGCAGACUGAACUGCUUAACUGUACAAAUUUCAUGAAGCAUGGUCUCUGUAGCAUUAGUGUAUGUGCUGCAGUUGGUAAUUUCUCCCAUGUCUGGAAACAUGCAACAAAGCCAUAUUGAUAAGCAGCGCUCAUUUCAUGUUGCUGUAUAGGAAGAGGUACUAAUCAGAAGUGAAUGGAAGGUCCAAGUAGUGUAAGUGGCCCAUUCAGAACGCAAGGUGAUUUCACUAACACUUUAUUCUUAUCAGAGUACUUCCUCUCAUCUCGGAAUGUUGCUGCUUUA